CUAAAGCAGAGCUUGGAUUCACAGCUUUAGAACUAACAGUAACAAAGCCAGACAGCCAUGUGGUCUUCUCUUUUGCACGGAGUUUUCCUCCUUCUGUUCGCGAGCAGAGCGGCACUGUGCGAGGGCAGGCUCAUAUCCUGCCUCACUGAGGAUAAACUGGUUAAGCGCGUGGAGAGGCUGCUGGCGCACUCCGGCGUGAUCGCUACUGCUGAGCGGAUAGCGGAGGGCGCUGCUGAUGAGCGCUCGUGCCUUGAGUUCACGCGCAGGCACCACUCUACAGAGAUCAGAGAGCGCUCUCUCUCACCCUGGAGCGUAAGCGAAAAACCAUCUGGUCUGGACAUGUUCCCUGAAACAUACACAGAGGCCAAGUGCUUGUGCACUGGAUGCAUCAUAAACGGCACACAAAGCAAUGACUACAACUCUGUUCCAGUAAUGAGAAGCAUGAUGUUUCUGAAGAAGGUCCUGUGUGAAAUUCAAUCUGACAGUAAACCUAAAUAUUCCUUACAGAUCGAAUAUAAAACAGUACAAGUUGGAUGCACCUGUGUUGUACCCAGUACACAGUGACCUCUUGUGGAGGUUAAUAUUUAACUGGAAAAAAACUGUAGAGACGUGUCUCAUUUAAUGGUUGUGUUUGUUUUAAAAUACAAAUGAUGUUAUUUUACUUUCUAAAUAACACUGUUUGCUAUGCUUAUGUUUCAUAAGCUUAAAAAUACAUGUUCUACAUGAAUUAUCUAGACUAGCAAAUUGUAGCUAGUCUUCUAUAUAAAAUGUUGGCCUGGUUCUGCAGUCUGACAUACACUACUGUUUAUUUAUUUAAUAAUUUAUUGACUAUUUAUUUUAAUUAUUUGUGUGUAUUGGAUGUAUUUUAUUUGAUUUGUUAUAAUACCAUAGCUAAUAUAUUAUGAAUUAAUUAUGUAAUUUAUAGCAUUAUCAUAGAAAUGUGGAGUAAGUGUGAAUGUUUUACUUGCUGUGAACUGUGCAAAUGAUGAAUU